AUGGGCAGCCAGACAAAGCAGCAGCAGUGGCGACAGCCUUUGGACUUUUAUCUCAACACCAAGGUGAUGGCUGCAGCGUUGGAUGACGAUUGCCCUGGGGAUUCAUCAGUCUCGUGUCGUCGCUAUGGCUCUGCCUGGAGUGCCGCCGCCGCCGCGCCUCACAGGGCACUGGGUCACCUCCUGGACCACAUGAGGCUGGACGACCACCCCAGUAGCACCAGCAGCAGGGACUCAGAGAUCCUCCUGCAGGACUUUCUGCUCACCUAUAUGCUCUUCAUGUCGACCAAGGACCUUUGCCAAGCUCUCCUGAGGAACUACUCGUCUAAGCGUGGUGUGGUGUGUGAGGAGACGUCUGGAGCUCUGCUUAGGAAACGUAAGGUCCUGCACAUUGUGUCGCGGUGGGCCUCUCUCUACAAAGACUUCCUCCGUCGUGACAAUGACUUCAUCACUCUCUUCAUGAAGAGUCUACACCGUUGUGUUCUGGAUGACCUCUGUAACUACCCUUCACUAGAGACGGAGCUUAGAACAUUACAGAGCUUUCUCUCCAUACAACAUUGUAUUUCAGGCAUGACAGUGGAGGUGCGCGCCCCUUUUACACUGGAGCCAGAGAUGCCGGGAGAAAAGGAAGUCAGCAAUGACAUGGACUUGCCACUGCGAUACUUCAUCACGAAGCGGAAGGGCUGCAUUGCCAGGUAUCAGCCGAUCAACCCCAGGAAGAAUCGGAUGCCCCUCUUGGUUGUGGAGCGAGGGCAGCUGCGGAUGGCAUCCACUUUGUCCACCGUAGCCCAGGUAGCAGACGUCGGUCUUUGCCAGCUGACACUUGCCCGGGAUGAUCACCAAGCCCGCCUGGUGACUGCGAUAGAAGAAGUCCUUCAGAUGGCUCAGGUGGUCUUCCCAGGUGGCGCUGUGGACCACCACGUAGUCAAUAUCGCCCCCCCGCAACACCUGGUCCUCUUGAAAUGGGGUCACCUUUGGUCAGUGCUAGUGAUGUGGUUCCUCUUCAUCUCUGUACUCUUCAUCACUGUCGACAUCACGGUUGGCUCCUCCUUCUGCCAUCUUGCUUCUGUUGGACUGGAUGUUGUUCGUCUGCACUUCUGCUGGUCACUGGCUCCCAAAACCGCUGCCACCAAAUUGCUGUACUGCAUAUAUGUAUGUGAGGACUCCUACGUCAGUGUCAAGGCAAAGAGCUCUGCCAGAGCAGAGGCACUGCUCUCAGUAUUGGCUGAUCGACUUGACAUCCCUCAGGAAGAUAUUGUGAUAGCUGCGGUUUCUCGCUCUGGAGAGAAGCUGCUGCUUCAACCUCAAGACAGGGUUUUCCCAAACUGUGUGUUUUCGGUAGAGAGACUGCAGGUUUACAGGAGAGACCUGACCACAGUUCUGACCCUUCUCAGUGAUAGUGCCCUUCAGCAGCAGAGGACUGCCCACUUGCUGAGCCUGAAUGCUUGGGAUGUGGCAGUCACCCUGACCAACUUUGACUGGAGUCUCUUUGAGUGCGUACAGGAGCCAGAGCUGAUCUGCUUCACCUGCAGCCGUGACACCUGUGUGGGCCACACGGGGGCGCUGGAGAGAAUGCUACAGCGCUGCAGUGAGGUGCAGCUAUGGGUCAUGACAGAGCUCCUGCUCUGCUCUGCGCUCUGCAAACGAGUGCAACUUUUAAAGAAGUUCAUCAAGGUUGCUGCUCAUUGUAAAGCCCAAAGAAACAUGAGCUCCUUUUUCGCCAUCAUCAUGGGCCUGAACACCGCCGCCGUUAGUCGCCUGAGUCAGACAUGGGAGAAAGUGUCCUGGAAGUUCCGCAAGGUGUUUUCUGAGUUGGAGAGUCUGACCGACCCUUCCUUCAACCACAAGACUUACAGGACCACCUUCAGCCAAAUGAAGUCCCCCAAGAUUCCCUUCCUGCCUCUGCUGCUCAAAGACAUUACUUUUGUUCGUGAGGGCAACAAGACAUUUCUUGACAAUCUGCUCAACUUUGACAAGCUGCACAUGAUGGCAGAAUCAGCACGCCUGAUCAAACACUGUAAACUGGAUCCGAUGGGAGACGGAGGGAGACAGAAGGACGACCCGGACACGAGCUGCUGCAUCAGACACCUGCACAUCAUUAGCAGUCAGGAGACCCUCUUCGACCUGUCCCACAGGCUGGAGCCUCGGACAUAG